AUGGAUUCUGUUCCUCUAGAAAUAGCUACCCUAGAUAAUCUUAUUAGGAGAGGUGUGAUUGGUGUCGAUUCUAAUCUUUGUGUCGGAGAGUGCGGUAAAGAAGAGUCGGUGGCUCAUUUAUUCUUCGAAUGUCCAGUUUUUGCGGGGGUUUGGUAUGAGGUGUGUCGCUGGUUAAAUAUUUCUUCGGCAUUGCAUAAUGAUAGUCUAUUGCAUUUGAAGCAAUUUGAAGGAUUGUUAGGUAGAGGCAGAAAUGUCGGUCUUAUGGCCCAAAGGAUUUGUCUGUAUGUUGAUGUAUUGCCUUGCAGGUGUAUCAGUUUUGGCAAGGAGCCGCAGAAAUCGCAGGUGUCUGAGGUUGUGUUUCGGUCAGUUUUGGCGAGGAGCAGCAGAAAUCGCAGGUGUCUGAGGUUGCGUUUCGGUCCGUGGAUUGAGUACUGUGAACUGCUAGUUUUCUGGAUCUUCAUUCUGGACCGCAGUUUAUAUUUAGUAGUUCUAUUGUGGUGUUGUUUUUGGAUGUAUUUUGGUUGGCAGGAGGCUGGUUUGGUGUCCCGACGAGUGCAUGGUGUCCCGACAGUGCAACUUCUUUCGUAUAUUUUUAUUGUAUCUGGUGUGAGCGGUUUUGGUAGUUCUGUCUGGACUGGUUUUUUUUGCUACUGCCUGUUGAUUCUAUUUAGUUUUCCUAAUUUGUAUGAGGUGGUUAGCUUGGUUUUGGUGUUUGCUUUUAGUGUUUUGAUACCUUUUUGA